AUGACCUUGGAAAUUGAGGACUUGAAGGCCAAGAUCGCACAAGCGCCCUGCACCAAGAUGCUCCAACGUCUGAAGAGCAAAGCCACGGAAGCUAUGAAAAGAUUCGACGACAUGACGCAGCAGCAUGCGAUCUUCAAGAUGCAGCUCAAAGACCUCAGCGGCACUCUCCAGGGUCUCAGCAGUCAGUCUGAGGGCGAGUCCUCUCCAGACAGUAGUUCACGCAUCUCGGCGGCUGGACUGUCGUCAAACUCGUUCGAUUCAUCUUCGAGUUCCCCAAGGUCACAACCGGCCGACUUUUCUCCCAACGUUCAGCGAGCCAGAGGGGCAGCUUAUUCCGGCACUCGAUCGCCUGCUGUUUCUGCUGGCCAUGAAGAGGCAGAAGAGCACACAAAGCCUUUGGCCAGUGGACCAAUAUCAAUCUCUCAGUCGCAACCUGCAUCAUCAUCCCACGUGCAUUCUGCCGCUGCUCAGUCCAACACUGAUGACACAGACGCCGCCACUUUACUGCCUUCAGACUCUGAGCUACCAUGCGAACCAAAGCUGGCGCGAUGGGAGAUACCCAAGAAGCAGAGGAAGAUGACAGAAGAAUUGGAGCGUCAGCAAAGAAAGCAGGCAGAUGGAAAGGCGGCUGUUUCUAGCAACAAGAAUUAUGGCAUGACAGAGACAGGGAACAAGCCCACGAAUGAACCCACCGCUGUCCCAAGUGACAUUCCUGACAAGCGAGUGGGCUCAGAAAGUCAAACCAGUGGGCAGGAUGAGGAAAAGCCUGGUCCAAAACCUGCAGCGGAAUCGACUGGGAAUCGUAACAAGCCUAAGAAAAAGACAAAAAAGGGAAAGCUGUCGGCCAAGACCGACUCUGGCUCAUCGCAACCAGUUGCACAGGGCUGUUCACAAAGUAGAAAUUCGCUCCUUGGGAGCAGCGAAGGCUCAAUAGACACAGCAACAACAAAGCCACAAGCUGAGGAGGAUGGAGGGCCAGAAAUCAGCGUCCCUCUGCCCCAGGUAUGUACGGCAUCCAGUGACAGUGCAAGGCCCGAUAGGAUGACACCCGAUUCAGAGUCAUCAUCCACACGAGCCAGCUUGCCAGACGUAUCUCCCCACCAAGAAAACCUGCAGGCAUCAUUUUCUGGGAACAUCACUUACUCCCCCGACCAUCUCGAAGCUGGGGCACCUGGCAACAAUCGAGCCCUCCCUCCACUGCCUGCUCCUCUAAAUUUUCCCUGGGGUCACCACGGCUCCAAUCACGGCAGCUUUCCCUCACAGCCGUUGAGUCCGCCUGAAUCUGUGCGAUCUGGCUUUUCGUCUUCUAUAGAGUCUCAUCUACACCAGGGAGACUUCGCUGGGUCCGAUCACUCUGGGAGCGAGACAUCCACCGCUGGCUCAAACUACUGGCCGUCACAUGGCGGAUGCCAGCAAUGUGAGCCAAACACCCCGGCCCAGCCUAUCCAGACGUGGCAGUGGUUUCAUCCAAUUCCCCCUUGGAUGCAGCCAUCACGCUACCUGUCGCGCUCUGUGCCCGUUGACGUGAGGAUGCAGAUCCGCCCACCGCCACCCGACAUUUCGGAGGCGGGCUCGAUUCGAGGGGCCUUGUCGGAGAAUGAUGCUGAUGACUUUGAGCCGGUGAGCGACGAAGCUGAUUGA